GACACAUCCUAUGAACUUGACGCGCAUCUUAGCGCGUGACCGACAAUUCCAUCCAACUUCAAGUUUCUCUGUUUAAUCACAUCCGUAUCAGCACAUGAAAGAAGAACCAUAUUCAAUCCAUCAGAAAACUAAUUUUGAAUGCUUUAACCAUUUUUUUUAUCUGAUUGAUUUCCCCUUUUUUCUAACUAUCCUAUAAACCCCACUUAAAGCAUUGAUUUUUGUUUAAAAAAAUAUAGUUUCAACCAAAGUUUAUUCGAUUGAGAUUUGGAAGCUCUAAACAGAAAUUUAGAUAGAUACCCACUUCUUGUAUUUCCAUUUCAAAGAUACCCAUUUGGAGUACUCUUCUUGUUAGAUCCAAUUUCAUUCAGAACUGAUGAGUUUUGAGGUCAUGGAUUUGGGUCCAGAUCUUGGGUGGAUUUUGGUUUGAGAAGGAUUUUGGAUGGAAAUUUUGGAUACCCAUUUCGAGAAAUUGUACCUGUUUGACGGAACUUGAUUAGUCUUCCUAUUGCUUGUAGAAGUGAGUUGGGCUAUUUUUUGGAGUAGAUUUUUUCCUUUUUGGUUUGAGAGAAGAAAAGAGAAACAAAAAUGUUUUGGAGGGAACGUGAGAGGGAGAACAAAGAGCUUAACGGAGGACCUCCUUGUGGGCAGGUUAGAGUUCUUGUUGUUGGUGAUUCAGGUGUUGGGAAAACUUCUCUUGUUCAUCUAAUUGUGAAAGGUUCUUCUACUGGUCGCCCUCCUCAAACAAUUGGAUGUACUGUUGGUGUGAAGGUAAGACUUGGUCCUCCUUUGUUGCUUUUAAUAAAGUUGUUGUUGAUGUUUUUACACCAAGAAGUCACAACUAUCUCUACACAGCAUACCACUUAUGGUAGUCCUGGUAGCUCUUCAAGUAGCAUUAAAGGGGAUGCUGAAAGAGAUUUCUUCAUUGAACUCUGGGAUGUGUCUGGACAUGAGCGAUAUAAAGAUUGUCGGUCUCUUUUUUAUUCACAAAUUAAUGGUGUCAUUUUUGUUCAUGAUCUUUCCCAAAGGAGAACAAAAUCAAGCUUGCAGAAGUGGGCAGCUGAGAUUGCAGCAACUGGGACAUUUUCAGCUCCUCUAGGCUCUGGUGGUCCUGGGGGACUCCCUGUGCCAUAUAUUGUUAUCGGUAACAAAGCUGAUGUUGCUGCUAAAGAGGGUACAAAGGGUAGCAGUGGCAAUCUUGUUGAUGUAGCUCGUCAGUGGGUUGAGAAGCAGGGUUUGCUUCCUUCUAGUGAGGAGCUUCCACUGACUGAGAGUUUUCCUGGUAGUGGAGGCCUUAUUGCAGCUGCCAAAGAUGCAAGAUAUGACAAGGAAGGUGUAAUGAAGUUUUUUCGCAUGUUGAUCAGGAGAAGGUAUUUUUCAGAUGACUUACCAGCCCAAAAUACAUGGUCCAUAUCUCCUGUUCAGAGACCUUCUCGACGUUUAGAUGAAAAUUCCAGUGAUGAUGAUCAGUUGUACAAGCGUACGAGUUUGAGUGGCGACCCUUACAAGUACAACAUGCUUCCUCCCUUACCAGCUCAGCGAAAUCUGACUCCACCUCCCACUCUUUACCCGCAGCAGCCAGUUUCAGUGACUGAGAAUUACCACCUCCCAAGAUUCUCCUUUACUGGCUCCCAGGAAAUCAGCAGCACCACCAGAUCAAAGCGCGCAGAUAUUAAUGUCUGAUGUAAUAUGGUUUCCAGUUUGCUACAGUCACCAUUGCUCGGGAGGGAAAAUGUUGUGUUGGCUGUAUGAUUCUUUGCUCCAUUCUUUUUUUUUUUCACCACUUUUUCGUUUUGCUUGUAAAACUGGCAUGCCAAUUCUUUUAUAUCCGAAGGCCCUCUAGUUGUAAAGGGUUUCUGGGUUUAACAGUUUUACUGGAUGUAUAAUUAUUGAUUGUUUAUCCCCAAAAUAUAGGCAAUUCUUUUCAAUCAAA